AGUGUGUUAUGUGUACGAUAGUUGCUUAAAGGUCAAAAGAACACCUGUUUAGUUUUCACAAGCUAUCAUUUCUUACAGGUAAAUAAUUGUUUUAUACCAGCUAAAUUUUCACUUAAUUAUUUGAAAACCAAUUUGGAUUAUGAAAAUGUUUUAAGUUGACUGAUAUUGGACAGCUUUUCUGUGAGACCAAAUCUAAGCCAUGUUGUCUGUAGUAAAGACAGGAAAACCAAAUCUAAUUUUAGCUCUCUGUCUUGGCAUUGCCUUGCUACAAUGUGGUACCGUCAUGCAUAUUGUCGCCAUGGCUAACGAUUAUUUUCUCCAAAUUCUACAUCAAGAUGCGAAGAGUGUCAUCACCCGUUUAGGAAACAAUCAAAGUGACAUAAAUAAAAGUGACCUUGAGAUUCACCUUGGCAUCUGGAGAUUGUGUGUGGGUGCUGUAAAGAGCUACAAUGACAGUACAUGCUACAUGUUGGGGUCUGAUGUAUCGGAAAGUUCGGCUCAACCUAAAACUGUCAGGUCACCGUACUGGAUAAUAUCCUGCCAAGUGCUAUCUGUGGUUGGGGUUAUUUUGGCUGAGGCUUCUGUCUUCACUGCUCUAGCCUGGUUGGUCACGUCUAUGAAGAAAUGUCGACAUGUCUUCGUCUACAUCACAACACUGAGUACCGUCAUUGGAGGUGUGCUGAUACUCAGCUCUGAUAUAGUCCUGGCUGCCCAGAGCUCGAUCGAUUUCUACGCCAACCUUGACGUCUACAACAUCAACAACAUCUACUUCCAGCGAGCGGCUAACGCGGCCCAGCGAGCCCGAGAGAUACAGGAAUACGACUCGGUGCUAGAGUUUGCUUGGUGCUUUGGUCUGGAUGUUGCUGCCGGUUCGCUCUCUAUCUUGGCGGGCCCGAUCUUUUUCUUUAUCGCUGCAAAAAUUAUCAAAACAGAGAAAGAGCAACCGAUAAAGAUUUCUAGGCAGACAACAGGCGUAAAUUAUCUGACCAAGGGAGAGUCUGUUAGCAAAUUUUGAGCCAAGAAACUUGUUCAACUAAAUCUAAUGCUAACCAAUUUGUGCUGUACAUUUAGAUCAGGGGUCUCCAAAAUUUUCAGCCCGAGGGCCGCAUUAACUAUAAAAUAUCAGGUUGGGGGCCAGAGUUUCUUCUAGGAAGUUUUUUUCGAGUUGACGAAACUGCAGCUGGAGGUCCUUGAUUAUCUCAUAAGCAAGUGAUUCAGCUGUUGCUUUAGCCAUGAAGACCUUGCACUCCCGAAAGAGCGUCAAGUUGUUGGCCUGUAUUUGUUCCGAAAACAAGACCCGUUUGGAUCUGAAGGCCUUUAUGUGGGUGUAUAAAACAGAAACUAGAUUUUACUCUCCUUGUAGUCUUAGAUUCAGAAAAUUUAAACGAACAGUUAUGACUGCAGCAAAGGUCAAUUUCUAUACCCACUCUUCAUCAUAUAGUAAUGGUUGUGGCUUCCCUUUACUUUUCAGGAAGUAACCUAUUUCCCUGCUUAACUUAAAUACUCUGCUCAGAACUUUCCCACAAUUUAACCAUCUUACUGUUGUAUAAUAUGGUAAAUGCUGCGUUUCUGUGUUUGUAUCUUUCAACAUGUCUCUGAACUAUCUAUUAUUGAACCUUUGUGGCCUUCUUAAUUUCACCAUCUUCACCACAGAAUUCAGUACACUGCUAAUGUCCAUAUAUUUAGCACACAAAGCUUGCUGGUGAAUAAUACAGUGCAGGGACAUUCGCUUGUCCAACUAAGCCUUUCUUUAUGCCACUCAUGUACUUUCCUCCAUCAACAUUCAGCUGAGGUUAGUCCAGUCCUAAGCCUUUCUUUAUGCCACUCAUGUACUUUCCUCCAUCAACAUUCAGCUGAGGUUAGUCCAGUCCUAAGCCUUUCUUUAUGCUACUCAUGUACUUUCCUCCAUCAACAUUCAGCUGAGGUUAGUCCAGUCCUAAGCCUUUCUUUAUGCCACUCAUGUACUUUCCUCCAUCAACAUUCAGCUGAGGUUAGUCCAGUCCUAAGCCUUUCUUUAUGCCACUCAUGUACUUUCCUCCAUCAACAUUCAGCUGAGGUUAGUCCAGUCCUAAGCCUUUCUUUAUGCCACUCAUGUACUUUCCUCCAUCAACAUUCAGCUGAGGUUAGUCCAGUCCUAAGCCUUUCUUUAUGCCACUCAUGUACUUUCCUCCAUCAACAUUCAGCUGAGGUUAGUCCAGUCCUAAGCCUUUCUUUAUGCCACUCAUGUACUUUCCUCCAUCAACAUUCAGCUGAGGUUAGUCCAGUCCUAAGCCUUUCUUUAUGCUACUCAUGUACUUUCCUCCAUCAACAUUCAGCUGAGGUUAGUCCAGUCCUAAGCCUUUCUUUAUGCCACUCAUGUACUUUCCUCCAUCAACAUUCAGCUGAGGUUAGUCCAGUCCUAAGCCUUUCUUUAUGCCACUCAUGUACUUUCCUCCAUCAACAUUCAGCUGAGGUUAGUCCAGUCCUAAGCCUUUCUUUGUGCCACUCAUGUACUUUCCUCCAUCAACAUUCAGCUGAGGUUAGUCCAGUCCUAAGCCUUUCUUUAUGCUACUCAUGUACUUUCCUCCAUCAACAUUCAGCUGAGGUUAGUCCAGUCCAAGUUAUAAUCGCAUUUUUUAAAAACUCGUUGAAUAUACCCUCUCCGGUAAAAGUGACAUACAUGCUAUGUAGGGAAGCCGGCUCUUGUGUUAUGUUAAUGUCUUCAUUUACACCUCUAAUGAACAAAAGCAGUUGAGAGGUGGAACAGCUGUCCAGCGACUAAUCCAUUGCAAUUAAAAAUGGCUUAACUUGCUUGCAUUUUUUGCUAUUUGAGUCACGAUGUUUUCACCAAUGUCUGCCACACGGCAAGCAAUGAUAGUUGCACCCAAAGAUACAUUUUCAAAUUGUUUUGAAUUUUUUUUUUUUGGCAAAGUUCCUCAGCCACCUCCAACAAAAAUCUUUUCCGUGGACAAAAAGAUGAGAGGACCUCGCGGGCCGCAUUCGGCCCGCGGGCCGUAGUUUGGAGACCCUCUGAUUUAGAUCAAUAGAAAGGUUUAUGUGCUGUACAUUUAAAUCAAUAGAUAGGUUUAGGUGCUAUAUAAAUACUACUGUGACUUGCAUAAAGCUAAACUAUAAUUUGAUAUUUUAUUUGAACACGUUUAACAUUAUUUAUUAAUUAAAAUUAUAAAUUCAUUUAUAUUUGCCAUAAAAUAUACAACAUUUAAUAAUAUUCUUUACAUGCAUCAUAAACAGUUACAAACGGUAUCAUUGUCGUUUUACUUUUACUUUCAUCAGCAUAUUUAAACACCCGUUUUACUUUCUCGUAUACGAAUUAUAGAGGAAGUAUUCUCAUCGUACGAAAAAUCGAAAUCGAGAUUUUCACAAAUCACGAUGUUUUAUACCACCCUGAGUCGGAAAAACUUAGUUUUGCAAUUUUGUCCGUUUGUUGUCUGCCUGUGGACAUGAUAACUUGUGAACCAUUACAGAUAGGUAGACGAAAUUUAGGUAUCAUAUCAAAUAUGUAAUUCUAUAUCAAAUUUUCAUCGAUUUCCAGUAAGCGGAAGUGGUACUUAUUCUACUUUCGGUUUUUCAAUAGCCUAGAAAGCCUAACCAUAGAAAGACGAA